UUACACUGCUUAAUUUGCUGGGUGCGCUUUGGUGAAGUUGUGUUUUCAUAAUAAUUGCCCUCGUCCUUUGAUGCUUUUAAAAUUGCGAUAUUUUCAAAAAGGACCCCGAAGCCGAAUACCCAACGAUGGCCUCUUCCACAGCGCACCACUCGAAAAAAAGCAAAAAGACUCUUCAAAAGGGUUCGAACGGAAGUUGUGUUUUUUGUAAGCGUGCUAUUAAUGACGACGACGAUUUGAAAUUUGGCCAGCGUGAAUUCAGCGGAAAAUUUACCGUGCACUAUUUUUGCAUGCUCUUGUCGACUCAGUUGCUUCAGCAAGGCGAAGACGAUGAAGGAAUUAAAGGUUUCCUUGACGUCGACAUUUAUAAAGAAUUGCGCCGUGCGCGCAAAGACAGAUGCUGCUACUGCUCCGAAAAGGGCGCCACGGUAAAAUGUGCCAGGUCAUCUUGUCGGCGCAUUUUCCAUUUUCCCUGCGGCUUUGAGGUCGGUGCGGUUCCCGAUUUUAACUCGGAGUCAUUUAAUGUUUUCUGCGCCGAGCACGCUCGGAGACGUCAGACUAUUUCACCACUGCUGAAAGAAGACGGAACAGCCGAAUGUCUCGUGUGCUUGGAGUCCCUUAAGAUAGACUUAACCCGGCCCUUGCCAAGGGACCUACUCGUGAGCCCAUGUUGUCGCCAACUGUAUGAAAAAGGUUGCUUGCGUGGUUACGCUAGAGUAGCUGGCUUGCAUCAUUUUAAAUGCAGCCAGUGCCGCAAUGAGGAAGACUUUUUGUACUCCUGUCGGGAGAACGGCAUCUUUGUGCCUGAUCAGGACGCCGAGUGGGAACGUAACGACGAAUUUGCCGAUCAUUACAUACCUCAUAGCACUUGUGAUGUGCCUGUUUGUCUUUGCCCGGAGGGUCGCAGCAACAUCGAGGACCAUGACGACUGGGAAGUUGUUAGGUGCGAUGACUGCGGAAAGAGCGGUACGCAUAUUAAAUGUAGUAAUCUUACGCAGGGAGCAAUGUCUCCGUAUAAGUGCAACGACUGCGAAUCAAUAGGACCUCAUUGUACACCAGCCAACCCUAUUUCUGCCACGCAAUAUUCUGGUCAAGAAGGAAGUAACGACGUUGUACCUCACUCCUCUAGCCAUUGUAUGACUAGUAACAGCUCGAAUGUCAGAUGGUAUCAGGAGUCGAAACUUCAUAAGGCAUCCACGGGUGAGGCCAUUAUAGUGCUAAAGAAAGAGUCCAUUGAAGAUGCCGGUAAAGUUAUUGACGUGGACGAUUCGUGUACGGCUAUAGCUCACGAUAACAAAGAAAAUCAGCAGACUGAUAAGGGAAGCUCAGCCAUCUGCACUCCCGAAAGUCCUGACACCCGACAGCCUAAUAAGAACGAUAGGGAUCUGCUGUACUUAGAUGUUUGUACCAGCUCCGUCGAAACGCCGCCGUUGCUAUGCAGUGAUUCAGAAUCGAGCACGCCGUCGAGAAGCCCUUCGAGUGCUUUUCGUCAGCUCACUCUUGGAAUACACGCGAGUCCCACGAAGCUUUCACCCUCCUUAGACGCCGUUAGAGAUAAAAGACAUCUUACCACCGACGCCGCUGGCAAUUUCUCAACGCCCUCGACAAGUCGGAGUCCAUGUAAGUCUACUGGUCGGCUUUUGGCUCCUGCAUACCCUCGUAACGAAGCGUCGCCGCCCAAAAAAAGACCUCGUCGAUGCAAGCUUCAAAAAGGACAAACAACACUGGACAACUUUUUUAAGUCGCCAGGAAAGAAAUCCGAUUUACCAGUCAAAUCCGAACCUUGCUCAAAAAGUGGAGAAAAUAAAAAAAAUGAAAAGUUAUUACCCAUCUUAGGCUGGCUUUGUCGCGGGCUUACCUUUGCUACUCCAAGCAACAGCAUCGAACAGGAUGGUCCCUGCAUGUCUCGUAGGGAAAUUGUCAGGAUCGAGCCCGUUUACGGUGAUAAGUAGUUCACAUUCACAAAUAAACAGAACUGCAUAUACGUCUAUAUGCCUACCAUGUCAAGAAAUAAUUCCCUUAACAAUGAUGAAAGACAGCGACGUGUCACUGGGUUGCAGAGUGUACUACUGAAAAAAAGAAGAUAGAACUCGAAAGCUAUCGAAAGCAGAUCGUACGACGACUAAAGGAUAUAUGCCGUUAGAGAAAUGUACAGUAUACAAACCACUACUAAGGCAAAACAAUUUUUAUUGUGCAAACUCUUUUUUCUCAAUUUUAAAAUUGUGUUCCUUUAUAAGCAAAAUUAGCAACACUAAUACGACGUUAACCUCUUUAGUCACACAAAUUCCGUAGGGUUUGUUGGACGUUGACCUGUGUACAAUAUAGUCUUUAGUUGGAAAUCCCACUUUUACGUCGGUAAGCGAGUUUACCGACACCCAUUAUCUUACGUAAAAAACACAAUUUUUUUAUUUGUAAGUCGCACAUAGACAGUCAUACACAGUUAUGCACCGGUGAACAUAUGAAAAAGAAAACAUCAAAGGAUGUAAAUAAAAAGAAUAGCGUUAAGAUGCUAAACACUUUUGUACCCCGUAAUUAUGAUACAGUAAUAAUAGUAGACAAUACGGUAGGGAAAAGCCAGAAAGUUCAAUAAAGAUAUGAGCUUGUUUUCAUCCA